CUGUGUGUUGAUUGGUCCUCUGCUAAUUUAGGGUUUUAGCAUUUUCUUUCUUUCUGCUCAUCAUCCCCAAAAGACCUCACCGCCGUUUGCUUGUUUAUUCAUCCUUCAUCUGAGCCUCGCGCCGCUUAAUCUGUCCCAGGUAAACUACUUGGAUUUUACUCGUGGAACAAUUAUUCCUAUUAGAUUGUAAUUAAGAAACCGUUCCAGAGAUGAGGAAGCUCAAGCGCCACGAGAAGACGCUUCUGAAGAAAGUUAAUUUCUUAGAAUGGAAAAGAGAGGGAGCGCAACGGGAUAACGAGAUAACGUAUCGAUACCAUAUGGGCUCUCGUGACGAUUACAAAAAAUAUUCAGGAUUGUGUAGGAUGGUGCAGAAACUGACGAAUAUAAUGAAACAAAUGGAUGCAGCUGAUCCUUUUCGGAUUCAGAUGACUGAUAUGCUUUUGGAGAAACUAUAUAACAUGGGUGUUAUACCGACUAGGAAGAGCUUGGCUUUAACUGAUCGGUUAUCAGUUUCAUCCUUCUGUAGGCGUAGGCUAUCGACUGUGCUGGUUCACCUGAAGUUUGCAGAGCACAACAAAGAAGCGGUGACAUACAUAGAGCAAGGACACAUUCGUGUAGGCCCAGAUACAAUUACUGAUCCUGCUUUCUUAGUAACUAGGAACAUGGAAGAUUUCAUCACCUGGGUUGAUUCAUCCAAGAUUAAACGAAAGGUGCUUCAGUACAAUGACAAAUUGGAUGACUACGACAUGAUUGCUUAACUUUGAGGAAAGGAGGUGAAAAACAAAAAAAGACUCCAAUGUUUUGUAGAAGCCAAGUAAGGUUCAGUGCUACUAUUUGCAGGGUUUGGAUUUUUGGUUUAUGUAUGUGGUGCUACAAUGCCCUUGUUUUUUUUUUUUUUUUGAACUA